UUAAAAGAAAAGAACAAGAAAUAACUAUUUUAGAAGAAGAAAUAUUCCAUCUAACUAAUUUAAUUGAUCAACUAAAAACAAAAAUAGUAGAGGUUCCCGCUUCCUUACUUGCUGAAAAAGAAUUAAAAAGAGAAUUAAUUCAAGCUCAUUCUAAAUAUAUUCAAGCCAAGAAGCAAAACUUUCUUUCUCUUAUUCUUAAUGACUGUGGAGAAUUAAUAAGUUUGGAAUUAGAACUAGAAAAUAAGAAGUUAGAAGAGUAUAAAAAUCAACGGCAAGAACAAACAACUGAAGUCAGCGAAAACGAAGACAUUAGUUUUCAUCAAGAGGUUUCUCCUAUAGUUUGGCAACAUUUUUGA